AUGAGAAACAGAACAAUAGAUGUUCUGGAUGCUGUUUUCACCCUGGCCAGCUUUGACAUGCUCCCGGAAAGCAAAUAUAUCACGGCCUUCAUCGGCAUCAUGAUUUACAGUUUCACACUGCUGUGCAAUCUGACCCUGCUGGUCGCCAUUGCUGCUAACAGAAGCUUGCAUCAACCCAUGUAUUUGUUCCUCUUCAACUUAUCCGUUAAUGAUCUGAUAGGUAUCAGUGGCAUAGUUCCCAGAGUUAUCUCAGACUUACUGUCUGAUGACAGACACAUCAGUUUCCCCGCAUGUGUGAUUCAGGCUCUCAGCAUACACCUUUAUGGUGGUGCCACCCUCCUCAUUUUGUCUGUCAUGGCUUUUGAUCGGUAUAUUGCCAUCUGCCACCCGUUAAGGUAUCACAGUAUCAUGACAAAGAGCACAGUCAAAAAGCUCAUUGCCUUAUCUUGGAUGUUUGAUUUCUUAUUGGUGGGAGCCCUGUUUGGACUAACACUGCGUUUCCCUUUUUGUAAAACUGUUCUCGCAAAUUUCUACUGUGACAAUGUUUCCCUCCUCAGAAUCACCUGUGCAACAGACACCAGAUUGAACAACAUCUAUGGUUUGUUCAUCACAGCCAUUUUGCAUGGCAUAGGCCUGUUUUCUGUGGUGUUUUCCUACACCUGGAUUCUCUUCACAUGCUUCAAAAACAAGGAUUCUGACUCAAAGACCAAAGCUCUGCACACCUGCGCCACUCAUUUGCUUGUUUUUCUGAUCUAUGAAUUCUCAGGCAUCAUCAUUGUUGUUGCCCUUCGAUUUCCUAACACUCCACAGAACCUACUGAAUUUGUUGCGCAUGUCCUUUGUUAUAUUUCCACCGACUCUGAACCCCAUUAUCUAUGGUGUGAAAACCAAAGAGAUCAGAAGUAAAUUGAAACAGGCCUUUGUCCACAGGACAGUUUCCAUCAUCGGAAACACUGUUUCAGGGUUACAGAAGGCCAGGACAACUGCCCAAUGA